GUGCAUAUUACUGAAAUGGACAUAUUGAUAUUUAUAUCUAAAUAUUUGGUUUUAUUUUAGGGCAAAGGAUUAUUUGCCAAGAAGGCCAUCAAGAAAGGAGACACCAUUUUUGUUGAGCGCCCUCUUGUCUCUGCCCAAUUCUUGUGGAAUUCCCUGUACAAGUACAAAGGUGAGGUGUUAUAUAGGUUCACGAUUUAGGUAGAAAGACAGACUGAACAAAUCCUCCUUUUAUGUUCCUAUUGAUGACUGAAAAUCGUGGAGCAAAAUGUUCCAGCAUGCUUUGCUUUUGUAAGCCAUAUUUUAGAUUAACAUAGGCCAAGGGGAAAACCUCACAUUUUGAGUCUUUGAAUGGUCUUUCAUAUUUAGUGAAUAAUAUGACCUUUAGUUCGCUCUCAUUUAAUCAUCCAUCCCUGUCUCUUCUCCAGCCUGUGAAUUCUGCUUGCGUGCUCUGGAGACAGCUGAGGAAAAUGCCCGUAGACUCAGUGGCAUCCCUUGCCUCAGUCUACCCCACCCCGAGCUGUGCAAAGUGCACCCAGAGCUGCACCAAGCUUGCCCACAAUGCCAGGUGAGUGCCUCUAACAAGUCCUCCUCAUCUGCACUGCCAAUUAAGGACUGGACAGUACUGAUCUAAAAACACAUUGUAACCAAUUUUUUAAAUAGGAAGCAAAGUACUUUAAGCAUAUGUUUUCGUUUCAGUCUCCUCCAUGUCCACUAACUGAAGUUUAAUUGUAAGGAUGUUUUUUCUAUUAAUAGUGUAAAAUUUAACGGCUGUACAGAAAGACUCAUGUGAAGGCCAAAUUACAGAGGAGGAACUUCUUGAUGCAAUUAAAGCCUUUAAGUCCGGGAAAACUCCAGGGCUGGAUGGCAUACCAGUUGAGGUAUAUCAAACCUUUUUCCAUGUACUCAGAGGUCUGUUAUUAGCAUGUUUUAACCACUCCUAUAACAAUUGUAGACUAUCAGAUACUCAACAAGAAGUUCUGAUUUCACUAUUACUGAAACAGGACCCAAGUGGUAAAUAUAAAGAUCAAGCCCACCUAAAAAACUGGAGGCCCCUUACACUUCAGUGUUGUGAUGCAAAAAUUCUAGCAAAAUGCAUAGAAUUAAAAAGGUAUUGUCAGACAAGUUUUUUUACAUGGACGAUACAUUGGAGAUAAUAUAAGACAAGGAAACAAUAGAAAACUAUGAAAGAUCUGGGAAACCGGGCCUAGUGUUCAUUUUUGAAAAGGCCUUUGAUAAAGUAUGACUAGAAUUUAUAUAUAAAUGCCUGGACUGUUUUGAUUUAGGAGAAUCUCUUAUACAAUGGGUUAAAGUUAUGUAUAGUAACCCCAGUUGUAAAUAAUGGCUACUUCUCAGAAAGUAUUAAACUGUCAAGAGGAGUGAGACAAGGUUGUCCACUAUCAGCAUAUCUAUUUAUAAUGGCCAUCGAAAUGUUAGCUAUUAAAAUUGGAUCCAACAAUAAUAUCAAGGGGCUAGAAAUCCGGGGCUUAGAAAAAUUGUAUGCUGACAACUCAUGUUUUUUUUUAAAUGCACAAUUUGGAUCCCUGCACAGCCUCAUAGAGGAUCUAGAUAAUUUCUCUAACCUCUCUGGAUUACAACCAAAUAUUGAUAAGUGCACUGUUUUACAUAUUGGAUUGCUAAAAAUACAACUUUUACAUUACUGUGUAGUUUACCAAUAAAAUGGUCUGACGGUGAAGUGGACAUAAUCGGGAUUUACACUACCGUUCAAAAGUUUGGGGUCACUUAGAAAUGUCCUUGUUUGCGAAAGAAAAGCAAUUUGUUUGUCCAUUAAAAUAACAUCAAAUUGAUCAGAAAUAUAGUGUAGACAUUGUUAAUGUUGUAAAUGGUCAUUGUUGCUGGAAACGGCUGGUUUUUAAUGGAAUAUCUACAUAGGCAUACAGAGGCCCAUUAUCAGCAACCAUCAGUCCUGUGUUCCAAUGGCACGUUGUGUUUGCUAAUCCAAGUUUAUCAUUUUAAAAGGCUAAUUGAUCAUUAGAAAACCAUUUUGAAAUUAUGUUAGCACAGCUGAAAACUGUUGUGCUGAUUAAAGAAGCAAUACAACUGGCCUUCUUGAGACUAGUUGAUUAUCUGGGGCAUCAGCAACUGUGGGUUCGAUUACAGGCUCAAAAUGGCCAGAAACAAAUAACUUUCUUCUGAAACUCGUCAGUCUAUUCUUGUUCUGAGAAAUGAAGGCUAUUCCAUGCGAGAAAUUGUCAAGAAACUGAAGAUCUCGUACAACGCUGUGUACUACUCCCUUCACAGAACAGCGCAAACUGACUCUAACCAGAAUAGAAGGAAGAGUGGGAGGCCCCGGUGCACAACUGAGCAAGAGGACAAAUACAUUAGAGUGUCUAGUUUGAGAAACAGACGCCUCACAGGUCCUCAACUGGCAGAUUCAUUAAAUAGUACCCGCAAAACACCAGUCUCAACGUCAACAGUGAAGAGGUGACUCCGGGAUGCUGACCUUCUAGGCAGAGUUGCAAUUAAAAAGCCAUAUCUCAGACUGGCCAAUAAAAAAAAAAGAUUAAGAUGGGCAAAAGAACACAGACACUGGACAGAGGAAGAUUGGAAAAAAGUGUUAUGGACAGACGAUUCGAAGUUUGAGGUGUUCAGAUCACAAAGAAAAACAUUUGUGAGACGCAGACCAAAUGAAAAGAUGCUGGAGGAGUGCUUGAUACCAUCUGUCAAGCAUGGUGGAGGCAAUGUGAUGGUCUGGGGGUGCUUUGGUGGUGGGAAAGUGGGAGAUUUGUACAGGGUAAAUGGGAUCUUGAAGAAGGAAGGCUUUCACUCCAUUUUGCAACGCCAUGCCAUACCCUGUGGACGGCGCUUGAUUGGAGCCAAUUUCCUCCUACAACAGGACAAUGACCCAAAGCACAGCUCCAAACUAUGCAAUAACUAUUUAGGGAAGAAGCAGUCAGCUGGUAUUCUGUCUAUAAUGGAGUGGCCAGCACAUUCACCGGAUCUCAACCCGAUUGAGCUGUUGUGGGAGCAGCUUGACCGUAUGGUACGUAAGAAGUGCCCAUCAAGCCAAUCCAAUUUGUGGGAGGUGCUUCAGGAAGCAUGGGGUGAAAUCUCUUCAGAUUACCUCAACAAAUUGACAACUGUAAUGUCAAAGGUCUGCAAGGCUGUAAUUGCUGCAAAUUGAGGAUUAUUUGACAAAAGCAAAGUUUGAAGGACACAAUUAUUAUUUCAAUUAAAAAUCAUUAUUUCUAACCUUGUCAAUGACUACAUUUCCUAUGCAUUUUGCUAUAUUUCCUAUUCAAACUCAUUUCAUGUAUGUUUUCUUUUAAAACAAGGACAUUUCUAAGUCACCCCAAACUUUUGAACGGUAGUGUAUAUCCCGAAAGAAAGAAACGAUCUCACUACAAUACAUUAUCAUAGAAAGUUAGCAAAACUAGAUAUGAUCUUGCUACCAUGGAAAGGUAAAUAAAUACCUGUCUAUUUGUGGAAAAAUCACCCUGAUUAACUCUUUAGUCAUAUCCCAGUUUACCUAUUUACUACACCGAAUGACUUUUUUUUUUAAAUUAUAUGAGCAAAAAAUAUUCCACUUUAUUUUGAACGGCAAUUAAAUGUGCCUAAUUUAUAUAAUUAAUAUGAAUUCAGAGGGCUGACAUUUUUUAAUACUAAAGCAUUGAACCUCUCACUAAAGGCUUCAGUCAUACAAAAGUUGACUUAAAUCUGAACUGGUUUUCCAGCAGAUUAGUAACAAUAGCUUAUCCCGUGUUCAAAAAUGGCCUUUUCCUCUAUAUUCAGCCUCUCACUUUCGGUUAUUUGAAAAUGAAGUCAUCUCCGGAAUAUCCCUAUUUUUUUAAACAAGCCAUGGAAAGCUGGUUGCAAUUUCAGUUUAAUCCACCAGAAAAGACAGAACAAAUAUUAUUGUUAAACUCAAAAAUACUAAUUAUAUAUUUUUGGAAUAAAUAAAAAAAUUGUAUAAUCUUUGUUAAUGAUAUCAUAAAUAGGACUGGGGGAGUUAUGUUACACAUGCAGCUAACAACAAUAUAUGGAAAUGUCUGCUCUAUUCAAAAUUACAACCAACUGAUUGCAGCAUUACCUCCAAAAAUGGAAGAGGGAAGGGGGAGAAAGUAAGGAACUUGUCUGUCGGCCCUACAUUAAAGACCAAAAAUGGUUUAAAAAAAAUUGUGAUAAAUAAAGUUUACCAGUUUAAUUUAAGGACCCCAAAAUUGACAGCUGUGCCAUAUAGGUUGCAAAAUAGUUGAAGAGAUUUUCAAUGUGCCGAUCCCAUGGCACAUGGUUUAUGAACUGAUACACAAAACAACGCUGGAUUCAAAACGUAGAGUUUUUCCAAUUUUAUGUAUAUGGGGGGAUACAUCCAUCACAGCUCUGUAGAUUUUGCUGCGAAGAGACAGAAUUAUUAGAUCACUUGUUUUGGUACUGUCCAUAUGUAGCUUGUUUUUGGUCGCAGGUUCAGAAAUGGUUGAAGAAUUGCAACAUUUACCUGGAAAUAGCACUGCAAAUAGCACUGCUGGGUGACUUGAAAAGCCAUAGUCAAUCGAUCAAUAAUCUAAUAAUACUCUGUAAAAAUGUUCAUCUUUAAUUUACAAUCUGUGGAAACUAUGAGAAUAGAAAGGUUCAGAACUUUUGUGAAACAUUACAGCACAGUUGAAAAAUAUUUGGUGUGAGAUUGAUGGGAGGGGUUGAGGGUAGCUGAAGGAUGGGACUAAAAACAAAAAAGAUAACUAAUGUAAAAUAUACAGUGUCCCAAUAUUUGAUGUAGAAGCCUAAAUAUUGUUGGCCAUUAGUUUACUCCAAUUAGGGGAGGGGGGGUUAGGGGAAAAUAAUAAAACAUAUGGGGGAUUGGAAAUGAUGCAGACAAAUACAUUGAUAGAACCCACAAUCUGUCUGUAACAUUAAAACUGAUCUACCCCCUAAAAAAUACAAACAAAUAAACACAUUGUAGGUGAAAGCAAUAUGGAAGAUUCCUAUUUGCUUUUUCUUAGCCUGUGUUUUCAGAUCAGUAAAGAUGAAGGAUUAGAAGCCACUUAAAUGAGAUGCACCUACCCAAUGUCUGUCUGACCUCCACAUGGAGAUGUGUUGAUAUACUGUAGCUACUUCCUCCAGUCUAGUCCAGUGUCUCGCUUUGGGCUUCAGUGAAACUUUGUUUCCCCCUGCAGGUGAUGUACUGUAGCAACGAGUGUCGGCAGGCUGCGGCAGACCAGUACCAUCGGGCCCUGUGCCUAGGCUCCUCCCAAGAGGACCCGAACCACCCCGUCAACAAACUAAAGGACGCCUGGAGGUGAGAUAUGGAUUGAAUACCACUAGAUGGGGCACAUGUUGUUCUUGGACUGGAUCUAAAAAUGUUACUAGCUGUCAAAUCCUUCCUUCCUUGCUCCCUCCCUUGCAACUCCUCUUUCAAUUAGCUUUGAGAGGGAGAAAAGGAAUUUGAGUGAACGAGGACGAGAAAGCAAGGAUUUGACAGCUAGUAACGUUUUCUGAUCCAGCCCCAGUAAUAUUUUGGCUGUGAUUGCUGCAGUAUAAGGUGAGAUUGUUCCCUAUCUGUCCCCUAGGAGCAUGCACUACCCUCCUGAGACCUCCAGCAUCAUGCUCAUGGCCAGGAUGGUGGCCACUGUCAAACAGGUGAGCUUCCUCUGCCUCAGCCUUUUUUUGUUGAGCUGCUCCAAUUCCAAGGUGGUUUGCACUUUGUAUUUGCAUUCUGUCUUUGUAGUGAAUGUUAGUUUGAGAUUAAGGUUUGUGCAGAUUAACAGAGCUUCACAAUGCCUGGAGAAGCAUUUAACCUGUCAGUUUUCUAUAAUAAUCCUAUAUUCUGUGCAUACCUGUGCAUAAUAUGUAUAUCUCAAACAUAUAAUAAUAAUCAAUGUUUGAAUUUGUGUCAUGCAGGCCCAAGACAAAGGGCACUGGCAGAAGUUGUUCUCUCAAUUCUGCAGCCGUGCGGCCAACGAGGAGGAGGAGAUUGCACAUAAGAUGCUGGGAGAGAAGUUCCAAGUAAGCAUAGAGAGAGUGGCUGUGUCUAAAAAUGUUAGCUACAAGCUGUUAAAUCCUUACUUCCCCAUCCUUGUUUCCUCAAUUCCCCUUAAGACUCAUUGGAGGAGGAGGUCUGAGGAAAGGAUGUUGGAACACUCCUCCAAUGUGCUUUGAGAAGAAUUGAGGAAAUCAAGGUUUGAGCUUCAAAUUUGGUAAAAAAAUAUGUGGUCACUGUUAUUGGAGUCACUGUUAUUGGAAUAGAUUUCAAAAGUGUUACUUACAGUGAGGGAAAAAAGUAUUUGAUCCCCUGCUGAUUUUGUACGUUUGCCCACUGACAAAGAAAUGAUCAGCCUAUAAUUUUAAUGGUAGGUUUAUUUGAACAGUGAAAGACAGAAUAACAACAAAAAAAUACAGAAAAACGCAUCUCAAAAAUGUUAUAUAUUGAUUUGCAUUUUAAUGAGGGAAAUAAGUAUUUGACCCCUCUGCAAAACAUUACUUAGUAUUUGGUGGCAAAACCCUUGUUGGCAAUCACAGAGAUCAGACAUUUCUUGUAGUUGGCCACGAGGUUUGCACACAUCUCAGGAGGAAUUUUGUUCCACUCCUCUUUGCAGAUCUUCUCCAAGUCAUUAAGGUUUCGAGGCUGACGUUUGGCAACUCGAACCUUCAGCUCCCUCCACAGAUUUUCUAUGGGAUUAAGGUCAGGAGACAUAGAAAGCAUUCCUCCUCCUCCAAACACGGCGAGUUGAGUUGAUGCCAAAGAGCUCGAUUUUGGUCUCAUCUGACCACAACACUUUCACCCAGUUCUCUGAAUCAUUCAGAUGUUCAUUGGCAAACUUCAGAUGGCCCUGUAUAUAUGCUUUCUUGAGCAGGGGGACCUUGCGGGCGCUGCAGGAUCUCAGUUCUUCACGGCGUAGUGUGUUACCAAUUGUUUUCUUGGUGACUAUGGUCCCAGCUGCCUUGAGAUCAUUGACAAGAUCAUCCCGUGUAGUUCUGGGCUGAUUCCUCACCGUUCUCAUGAUCAUUGCAACUCCACGAGGUGGGAUCUUGCAUGGAGCCCCAGGCAGAGGGAGAUUGACAGUUAUUUUGUGUUUCUUCCAUUUGCGAAUAAUCGCACCAACUGUUGUCACCUUCUCACCAAGCUGCUUGCCGAUGGUCUUGUAGCCCAUUCCAGCCUUGUGUAGGUCUACAAUCUUGUCCCUGACAUCCUUGGAGAGCUCUUUGGUCUUGGCCAUGGUGGAGAGUUUGGAAUCUGAUUGAUUGAUUGCUUCUGUGGACAGGUGUCUUUUUAUACAGGUAACAAGCUGAGAUUAGGAGCACUCCCUUUAAGAGUGUGCUCCUAAUCUCAGCUCGUUACCUGUAUAAAAGACACCUGGGAGCCAGAAAUCUUUCUGAUUGAGAGGGGGUCAAAUACUUAUUUCCCUCAUUAAAAUGCAAAUCAAUUUAUAACAUUUUUGACAUGCGUUUUAUUUUUUUGUUAUUCUGUCUCUCACUCUUCAAAUAAACCUACCAUUAAAAUUAUAGACUGAUCAUUUCUUUGUCAGUGGGCAAACGUACAAAAUCAGCAGGGGAUCAAAUACUUUUUCCCCACACUGUAUAGACUUUUACCUUAAUUUUUACAUAUUGUAUUGGGUUUGUAGGGGCAGUUGACCUUACUACGAACCCUGUUUACGACGGCACUUUACGACGAUCAUCUCAAUCGGGUGAGUGUGGCACUAUUUCCCCAUUCAUUACCAAUUUAUUUAUCGGCAUACAUGUUUUUCGAGCUGAUACUUGGCUACGUACUUGACAUCUUCGCUCCCAGUAGACAAGACUGUAAAAUAAUGUAUUCGAUUGAACAAUUUCUUAUGAAUGAGCUCUGACCUGAACAUGUGUGAUUAUGAUACAGAUACUGUAUGCUAUAAGGUGUGUCCUUGCAUGUUACAGUGGUUUACACCUGAGGGAUUUCGUUCCCUCUUCUCCCUUGUGGGGACCAAUGGACAGGGCAUUGGUACCAGGUAAGGUUAAACUCUAAAUCUUUCCAAUUCAUAAAUUAUGGAUGUUAUGGACAUAAAUUAUGCACUUACGAAGUGCCAUUAGUCUGAAUAUCAUUCAUUUUUAAAGUGCUGACAUUGUUUUCUCAUGUCUGUUUACCUAGUUCUCUCAGCCAAUGGGUUCAUGCAUGUGAUGCUUUGGCGCUGACAAGCCAGCAGAGGGAGCAAUUGGAUUCCUUCAUUGACCAACUAUACAAGGACAUUGAGAAAGGUCACAAUUCCCUCCCUACACUCAAAUACAGUGCUGCUUCCUGAGACAUCCGUACCGUUUAUGAGGAAAACUGCGGAAAACUGUCUGAUUAAAUAGAUUUGAGUCUAAACCUACAUUUACCAAGCAAGUUCUUCAGAGGCUUUGUACAGCUCACAUUUUAUGAUAGAUUGUAAAUUAUACUUGGCGCCUCUGAAUUGGGGUGGCUUGACUCGGGCAUAUUUGAAAUCGUUACUAAUAUGGAAUGAAUCUCUUCUACUGACAAUGGAGGUCAGAGCUGAAUUAGAUUUGUCUCCGCAGAGACCGGUGACUUUCUGAACUGCGAGGGUUCCGGGCUCUUCCUACUGCAAAGCGCAUGUGAGUCAUCACUAUCAGAAGGUUUCUAACCCCAGCUUCCAGAAUCCACAAACUCGCACAUCAUACAGAAUCAAUUAAAUUUAACUACAAAUACGUUUUUGAACUGGUCAAAUGUUUGAUUGUUUUGUCUACUCUCUAGGUAACCACAGCUGCAUACCGAACGCAGCGGCAUCUUUCCCGAACAACAACUUCUUGCUUCACCUCAGUGCCCUAAGUGACAUCAGCCCUGGAGAGGUCAGAAGAGGAUGCUGGGUCGGGGGGGGGGGGGGGGGGGGGUGAUACAUUCUGGCCGUGGAUAGACUGGACAGAACAUCCCGACUUGCUUUCUCUGUGUGCUCUGUUGUCAGCUGGAAUUAGCGGUCUGAGACUUUAAGGAAUAGAGCAGAUGUGUCAGGCUGUCAGAGAGAUUGAGAAGGCUUGCAUCUGCCUGUAACAGUAGCGUCAGAGGGGGCCAGAGAAAUGUUUUGCCAGCCGAUUUGAAUUCUGGCCGAAAAAUGUGAGCACUUUAGUGUCGUUCUUAUGACCAUGGCAGGAUAGCGACAAAAUUUGGCGCCUGCUGCUGAAUAAACAUGAAACAACCAGAUAAAGUAACGGAACUUGAACAAUAACUCAAGAAGUGGCUGACUGUCAUUCAUUGUUAUGUAAAAUAAUCCCGAUAUAGUAACAGUAAUGGGAGGUCUUUUGAUGUGAAUGUCCUCACCUGCUAACUUGUUAAACUCUGUUUCCUCACAUCUCCAGGAGAUCAGUAUCAGUUACUUGGACUGCUGUCAGCGUGACAGAAGCCGUCAUAGCAGACACAAAAUCCUGAGGUAAACAACUAAAAUCCCCUGUGUACCAAUCCUUUUGACAGACUCAAACUGUUCCCAGUUCAGUCAAGAUCAAUGGCCACCCUCCCAGGCAAUAACGGGCAAUCCUGGGCCAGCGCAGCCAAAGGGGGUCUGGCGGUUAUUCCGGUGCCUACCUACGCUCUUUAUCGAUUAGCUAGCCGUCAAUCCGUUACCGAUUUUACCCCCUUAAACCCAGGGCUGGUUUGUUCCGCGGGAGCCUAUUUUUGGAUUCAUAUUCACUGUAUCCUGUUGAAAGGCACUUCACCUUGAAAAGCUGCAACUCCCAGAAACUGAAGAUAGUGAAGCAUGAACAAAGACUAGUCUCUGUCUCUUUUCUCAGCAAAUGAGAUUGUUUACCGUUAAAAAAAAAAAGUAUGUUCCGGUCUACUUAAAGGUCCAGUGCAGUCAAAAUGUGAUUUCCUGUGCUUUAUAUACAAAAGUAUGUGGACACCCCUUCAAAUUAGUGGAUUCAGCUAUUUCAGCCACACCCGUUGCUGACAGGUGUAUAAAGCCGAGCACACAGCCAUGGAAUCGCUAUAGACUAACAUUGGCAGUAGAAUGGCCUUACUGAAGAGCUUAGUGACUUUCAACGUGUCACCGUCAUAAGAUGCCACCUUUUCUAACAAGUCAGUUCGUCAAAUUUCUGCACUGCUAGAGCUGCCCCGGUGAACUCUAAGUGCUGUUAUUGUGAAGUGGAAAGGUCUAGGAGCAACAACGGCUCAGCCGCGAAGUGGUAGGCCACACAAGCUCACAGAACGGGACCACCGAGUGCUGAAGCGUGUAGCGCGUAAAAAUAGCACCAUGUCCAAUGCCAAGUGUCGGCUGGAGUGGUGUAAAGCUCGUCAACAUUGGACUCUGAAGCAGUGUUCUCUAGCGUUCUCUAGAGUGAUGAAUCACGCUUCACCAUCUGGCAGUCCGAUGGAUGAAUCUGGGUUUGGCGGAUGCCAGGAGAACACUACCUGCCCGAAUGCAUAGUGCCAACUGUAAAGUUUGGUGGAGGAGGAAUAAUCGUCUGGGGCUGUUUUUCAUGGUUCGGGCUAGGCCCCUUAGUUCCAGUGAAGGGAAAUCUUAACGCUACAGCAUACAAUGACAUUCUAGACGAUUCUGUGCUUCCAACUUUGUGGCAACAGUUUGGGGAAGGCUCUUUCUUGUUUCAGCAUGACAAUGCCCCCGUGCACAAAGCGAGGUCCAUACAGAAAUGGUUUGUCGAGAUGGGUGUGGAGGAACUUGACUGGCCUGCACAGAGCCUUGACCUCAACCCCAUCGAACACCUUUGGGAUGAAUUGGAACACAGACUGCGAGUCAGGCCUCAUCACCCAACAUCAGUGCCCGACUUUACUAAUGCUCGUGGCUGAAUGGAAGCAUGUCCCCGCAGCAAUGUUCCAACAACUAGUGGAAAGCCUUCCCAGAAAAGUGGAGGCUGUUAUAGCAGCGAAGGGGGGACCAACUCCAUAUGAAUGCCAAUGAUUAUGGAAUGAGGUGUUCAUUAUGCCCCUUUUAGUUUAAGAGCUGUUUAAAAAAACAGCCUGAAAUUUCAGCCUGUUUUGGUGGGAUGGAGUUUUGGCCUGCCUGGUGACAUUGGUUAGUUCAUAGACCAAUAAGAAAGGGUUCCAAACCUCUCUGCCAAUAACAGCUAGUUUUCAGUUUUCACCUCCCCACUCAGACCCUCCCAGACAGUCGUAGCAAAAUUCUUGCUUAUGAAAUUGCUCUUUGCUUAGAAGCUAUUUUUGUUUGUCAACAGUUUUAAUUUAAAACAAUCACAGUAACUUACUUAAUUGUUGCAUUAGACCUUUAUGUCUGCAUUAGACCUUUAACUGUUUGUGUCUCCCAUAGACACCAAUGCAAUAGAAGCUGGGUCUGGUCUACUUAGUUCAUUGACUGUCAUUGAACCAGAAAAAAACAGCGAGUGGGGUGUCUCUCUUCCUAUUCAGACUCACCGUGUAUUACGCUUACAUAAACAGUAUGUUUACAGUGUUGAAUCAUGGCAUUUAUUUUUGAGGAGCUCACAGAUUGAAGCAAAUGCAUUUGAUCAGUUUUGUUCUUUCUUCCUUUUGCUCGCUCUCUCAGGCAAUCUUGGUCCAGAACGAGACAGGCAUCCGUGUGACUUAUGUAACAUCGUUAUUCUCUUCCCAGGGAUAACUACCUGUUCAUCUGCUCGUGUCCAAAAUGUGUGUCUCAGAUGGAUGAGCUGGAUCUGACGUCGGAGGAGGAGGAGGAGGAGGAGGAGGAGGAGGAGGAGGAGGGGGAGGAGGAGGGGGAGGCCGAGGGGGAUGAGAUGGAGGACGAGAUGACGGACGUCUGA